UGUGUCUUCGGCAACACUAAUCAAAAAUCAAAAAAAGAAAGUUGUCGAAUACGGGGCUCUGCUCCACUCCGCUAAUCAAAAACGUAUUUUAGAUUAAACGUAACAUUAGACUUGUACAAUGUGGUGGCUCUCUCUUAUCAGCUCCCUGGAGGAGUUCAUCGAUAGGUACAACAUUAAUUUAAUUCAAGUGAAUUUCUUUGGAUUCAUCAUAACUAUGGUGAUCUUUGGCGGUCUUAUGACCCUAAUAGAGUCACAUUUGCCUAACAGUUUUCGGCAAUGGUUUCGUUACGGCAAGCACAGCCAUAAGGGAGAAACCGAUGCACUGGUCAGUCGUUUGGAGGUACCCAAAGGAUGGUUCAAACAUUUCUAUAUAUUUGCCUUGGUCUGGUCGUUGUGGGCAUUGUAUUUGAUUGUUAACUGCAUCACUCGUCAGCAGGCAGCCCCCGAGUAUGCCCUACGUUUCCUGGACUUUAUGUGUGGCGGCUCUAGCAAUCGUGUAGCCCAAGUGGACUCGAAUACGGCUCUGGUUGGCACCGUAUUGCUAACACUGCAAUGUUUUCGUCGAUUUUAUGAAACGAAUUUUGUGCAAAUUUUCUCCAAGCACAGUAAAAUGAAUCUUUCGCACUAUACAGUGGGCUAUAUUCAUUAUUUUGGAGCCAUUGUAUCCCUGCUGUCCCACACAACGGGCUUUGUACGAGGAACAGCACCAAAUGAAUUCACUUUAAAGAAUAUUUCACUCCUCCAAGGACUUUACAUUCUAAUUUUCCUCUUUUCCUGGCAUCAACAAUACGCUAGUAAUAUAAUCUUGGUCAAUCUGCGUAAGGAUCAAAAGACGGGUUCAGUGAAGACAGAGAGGCAUCUAUUACCCAAGGGUGGUUGGUUUAAUUUAAUCUCCUCACCACAUAUGUUCUUCGAGAUUGUAAUGUACUAUUGUCUGAGCGAUAUAUAUGCACCGAUCCGCACAUGGAAACUGAUAUUCUUGUGGGUGGCCAGCAAUCAAACUGUAAAUGCCCUGCUCACCCAUCAAUGGUACAAAGAGAAUUUCAAGGAUUACCCGAAAAGGAGGCAUGCAAUUGUUCCUUUUCUACUGUAAACUAAAUCAUUUCCAUCUACUCUUGUUAGUGAAUAGUGUAAUGAAGACUUAAUCAAUUAACUAUAAUUAUUAAAUUAAAUUCUUUCCGAGCUGCCUUUAUAGCUUCUUCAGCUAUUUCAUCUGAAAAACUAAAUGCUAUAUAAAACGUUUAAAUGUAUUUGUUUUUAUUUU